AUUCGCCAUUUACUGCGGCUCUCUCUCUUGCGUGUCAAAUCUCUCAUCUGGAUGAUCGUUACGAUUCGAAUCAUUCCGAUUUUGAAACAUUAAUUUUCAUUUACAGCAGCAAAACCAGUCAAAGGUUACAUACAAGGUCGCCUCUGUUGAAAGAACUGUCUGAGUGAAAAAUCCAAUUCUCUACUGCUUCUGAAAUUGACAGAGGAAGAAGCGCGGUGAGUUUAAUAACUAUUUCAAGUUUUCAACCUAUAUUGAGAUGAAUUGAUCGCUAAAUUGAAGGAAGGAAGGAUUCUAUUAUGGAUAUUCGAUCUUUGCUGUGUUGCGGAAAUGAGUUUGAUAGGAAAGAACAGGACAAGAAGAAGAAGAAGACAACAUGGAGGGUUUUCUCCUUGAAGGAAUUACAUUCUGCUACUAAUAAUUUCAACUAUGAUAAUAAACUUGGAGAAGGUGCAUUUGGCAGUGUUUAUUGGGGUCAGCUAUGGGAUGGAUCUCAAAUUGCAGUUAAAAGACUGAAGGUUUGGAGCAACAAAGCAGAAAUGGAAUUUGCGGUUGAAGUUGAGAUGCUGGCUCGAGUACGCCAUAAGAACCUGUUAACCCUACGUGGAUAUUGUGCGGAAGGACAAGAACGACUCAUUGUGUACGACUAUAUGCCUAAUCUAAGUUUACUUUCACAUCUUCACGGCCAGCAAUCUGCAGAAUCUCUUCUCUAUUGGAAACGGAGAAUGAACAUUGCGAUUGGAUCGGCUGAGGGAAUAGCAUACCUUCACCAUCAAGCAACACCUCACAUAAUCCAUCGAGACAUCAAAGCAAGUAACGUACUACUAGAUUCAAAUUUUGAAGCCCAAGUUGCAGAUUUCGGUUUUGCAAGGCUAAUACCCGACGGAGCCACACACGUGACUACGAGAGUGAAAGGAACGCUCGGCUACUUAGCCCCCGAAUACGCAAUGUUAGGGCAGGCAUCUGAAAGUUGCGACGUCUACAGUUUUGGGAUUCUGUUGCUAGAGCUUGCGAGUGGAAAGAAACCGAUAGAAAAGUUAAGUGGCACGACUAAACGGAUAAUCAGCGACUGGGCACUUCCGUUGGUUUGCGAGAGGAAAUUCGAUGAUCUUGUUGAUCCUAAGUUGAAAGGUGAGUAUGUUGAGGAGGAACUAAAAAGAUUGGUGUUAAUUGGGCUGAGUUGUGCUGAUAAUCGGCCUGAAAAGAGACCGACUAUUUUGGAAGUUGUGGAAAUGCUUAAGGGUGAAUUGAAGGAGAAGUUGCAGGAGAUUGAAAACGAGGAAUCAUUUAAACAUGGUGGUGAUUAUAAUAAUAACGAUGGUUGUAGUGCCGAAGAAUAUAGUGUGGAAGAUGUUAUUGUGCAGAAGCUUGAUUCAAUCUGAAAUCGGUAGGUUUGUUUUUCAUUUUUUGGUUUGUAAUGAAUGCGUGAAUAUAUAGGAAGGAUUGGUGUUUUUUUUAUGUUCUUUUCUUCUUUUUUGAAAAGUGGUGUGUUGUGUUUUAUAUGAUAAUGCCUGUGGAUUUUAUGAUUGUAAAAACAUCAAUUUUGAUUAUGUGAAAAUUUGAGUAAUUAUUUGU